AUGAAACGAGGUGUUUGGUUGCUGAUUUAUUGCUAUGCAACUUUAACUAAAGGAUUUUCCUUGCCAGGCCUAUCUCCCACAACAUAUCACUCAGGCGAUGAAAUCCCGCUAUUGGUGAACCGCUUGACUCCAUCAAUUUACUUUCAGCAUCAAGAUGAGGAAGGUAACGAUGUUUCAGGCGAUAAAGAACAUUUUCUUUACUCCUAUGAUUACUAUAAUAAGAGGUUUCAUUUUUGUAGACCAGAGCACGUUGAGAAACAGCCUGAGUCGUUAGGUUCAGUCAUAUUUGGUGACAGAAUUUACAAUUCCCCAUUCCAAUUGAACAUGUUAGAGGAGAAAGAGUGUGUUGCACUUUGUAAAAGCACGAUUCCGGGAAAAGAUGCCAAAUUUAUCAACACCCUUAUUAAAAGUGGAUUUUUCCAAAACUGGCUCGUGGAUGGAUUGCCAGCAGCAAGAAAGGCUUAUGAUAGCAGAACAAAAACAAACUAUUACGGCACAGGAUUUGAGUUAGGUUUUACAGAUGUUAAGCAAACCGUUGACGGUAAAGCAGUUCCCAGUACGAUGGAAGAGCUUACUUCAGAGGCCUCAAAUGAGGAUGUUAUAUUGGAUGCUCGACUGCCCAAGAAUGUUAAGCCUAAUUUAGUUAAAACGGUAGAAUUACCUUACUUUGUAAAUCAUUUUGACAUUGAAGUGGAAUUUCACGAUCGUGGAAACGAUAAUUACCGAGUUGUUGGUGUCAUUGUAAACCCUGUAUCUAUCGAAAGAUCGUCACCUGGCGCGUGUUCUACAACGGGAAAACCUCUGAUACUAGACGAGGAUAAGGAUAACGAGGUUUACUUCACUUAUUCUGUUAAAUUUGUUGCCUCUGAUACAGUGUGGGCUACGAGAUGGGAUAAGUAUCUACAUAUUUAUGACCCGCAGAUACAAUGGUUUUCAUUAAUAAAUUUUUCCGUUAUUGUUAUUUUGUUGUCAUCUGUUGUAAUGCAUUCUCUAUUACGGGCUUUGAAAAGCGAUCUCGCUCGUUAUAACGAACUAAACUUGGAUAAUGAAUUCCAUGAAGAUUCUGGCUGGAAAUUGGGCCAUGGUGACGUAUUUAGAACCCCAUCUAAGUCGAUGCUGCUAUCCAUUCUUGUGGGAUCCGGUAUGCAGUUAUUUUUGAUGGUCAUGUGUAGCAUUUUUUUUGCCGCAGUAGGUCUUGUGUCGCCUGUUUCCAGAGGAUCCCUGCCAACUGUAAUGUUUGUUCUUUAUGCAUUAUUUGGAUUUGUAGGAUCCUACGCCUCAAUGGGUGUCUACAAAUUUUUUCGUGGACCCUAUUGGAAGGCGAAUAUGAUAUUAACGCCAAUAUUACUUCCUGGAGCAAUUUUUUUACUGAUUGUAAUAAUGAACUUCUUUUUGUUAUUUGCACAUUCUUCAGGUGUCAUCCCAGCGAGAAGCCUAUUCUUUAUCAUUCUUCUAUGGUUUUUAGUUUCUGUUCCGUUGUCGUUUGCGGGUUCAAUUGUUGCUCAUAAGCAGUGUAAUUGGGAUGAGCAUCCAACUAAAACAAACCAAAUCGCCAGACAGAUUCCAUAUCAACCCUGGUACUUGAGAACAGCACAAGCAACCUUAAUCGCUGGAAUUUUCAGUUUCGGAUCAAUAGCGGUUGAGCUGUACUUCAUUUACUCCAGUUUAUGGUUCAACAAAAUUUUUUAUAUGUUUGGAUUUUUACUCUUUUCAUUCUUAUUGUUGACCUUGACAACCUCAUUAGUUACCAUCUUGAUCACAUAUUACUCGUUAUGUCUAGAAAACUGGCUAUGGCAAUGGAGAAGUUUUAUUAUUGGUGGUUUAGGAUGUUCAAUCUAUACGUUCAUCCACUCCAUACUAUUUACUAAGUUCAAGCUUGGUGGAGUUAUUACUGUCGUGCUCUAUCUCGGAUAUUCACUUAUUAUAUCUGCAUUAUGUUGUGUCGUCACUGGAGCGAUUGGUUUUUUUAGUAGUAUGUUUUUUAUUAGGAAGAUAUACUCUGCCAUUAAAGUUGAGUGA